GAUUUCAAGCAUUUGGCGAAGGAUCCGAAGUGGUUGUCAGAUCCGAACAAUGCUGAGACCCUGCUCACUCAGAUGGAUGCUCCGGAGUACUACGGCGACGACCAGGACGAGCAUCUGCUAGCUUCGCUGUCAAGGAUUACAUAUCACUUGAAGCGCCAACGAAACCAGAAUGCCCGGCAGUUUCUGGCUAAAUGGGAAGCAGCAGAGAGGAAGGUGCAAGAGCACCGGGUCAACCUCCCUUCCAUCUACAAGGGCUUCUUGCUGAUCAAUGCUUUGGGCCUUGCUGAAAGUGACAUCAAGGCUCUUUUGAACUUUACGCAAGGAUCGAUCGAGCCCAAGGAUGUCAAGCAUUGGCUGAGAAAGCAUGAGGCCAAGAUCCAGGCCAACCAGCUUGGCAACGAGAACCUCGCGAAAGGCAGCAAGGCGGCUACCUCUACGGUUCACCUGGUGGAAGGCGAGACAGACUUGAACGAGGAGGAGACGACCGUCGAGAAGGAGGACGAUGACUUGGAGGCCAUGGAAACCAUGUUGGCCGACAUGGUGGACAACCCCCUCCCCGAGUCAGAGGUGUUUGAGGAGCAAGAAGCGGCGGAGAUUCUUGCGAUGAUGAUCCGGGAGAAGAAGAAGACAUACACCCAGUCGGCUCAGCUUAAGAAGGAUCGAGAAUUAGGUCGUGGAUACCGCCAAGGUUCGGCAGGCCAGAACCCUCGCGCAGCCACGGGGCCUUUGAGGCCCGGGACCUAUCGACUUUCGAUUGCUGAAUUGAAGCAGCGGACACGCUGUCAGAAGUGUGGACGCAUCGGGCAUUGGAAACGUGAAUGCCCCGGCGUCACCGGCAACGGCCAGGCUUCCAAUCAGAAGGAGACUCAUCUCCUCGAGGUGGACGUUGAUGACUAUGACGACGCUAUGUUUUGCCAUCUCCUCGAGACCAUCCCCGAUGAUGAUAGCGAUCCCGGGCCAACCUCGGCCAGCGGAUCGAUUUUGAAUCAGGAGGCAGAGCCAAAGGGCUGCGGCGUAGGACACAGUGCCAAGGCCCCGUUCUUGAUUUCGCUGAAGUUUCUCAUUCAGGGGGAUGCGGUGAUUGGUCUGGUUCAGGGGAAAUUGUGUCUUAAGGAAGCUGAGAAUCGCUUGCAGCAGAGUGAACAUGGUGAAUUCGAAGUGCUGUUCGCCAUGGACUGCUCUUCGCCGACCAACAAGCGAGCCCGACCGGAGCAGGACGACCCAGCCAGGACAGCCAGGGCACUCGACCAUUGGUGCAACCUUCUGCUGAGGAUCUGUGUGAUUUUCCGUCCACUGAUCCAGCUGAUGGUCAACUUGGUGGGCAACUCCCUCGACCGGUCCUGCACGUCAAGCACAAUGUCAAGGAGUUCCACCUGGCACGGCUGCAGGAACUCAACAUAA